AUGGGGGGGGGGGGGGGGUCUGACUUUGACAGAGUUCUGGUUCUGGAGGAAGUCAGUAAAUCUCAUUUUUAGUGCUUCACAAUAAGGAUGAAAUACAAUCGAACACAGAGAAACACCGACGUCAGUUAAAAGCCUUUCUAAAAAGGUUUUAAGUUCUUAUUUAAAACUUUCAGCAGACUCUACACUACUAACCCGGAAAGAGCGGUCGCUUCAUGUUUUAAAACAGGUGUGAGGGACCGUCAAGAGUUUGAACGUGAGGGGAGGAGGGUCUCAGUAGCUCACUGAUGUCCGAGGGAUCUUGAUCAUGGAGGGAUCUUGAUCAUGGAGGGAUCUUGAUCAUGAAGGGAUCUUGAUCAUGGAGGGAUCUUGAUCAUGAAGGGAUCUUGAUCAUGGAGGGAUCUUGAUGAUGGAGGGAUCUUGAUCAUGGAGGGAUCUUGAUCAUGGAGGGAUCUUGAUGAUGGAGGGAUCUUGAUCAUGGAGGGAUCUUGAUCAUGGAGGGCUCUAAAAGAACUGAAAUCUUAAACUGACUUGGUCCCUUUUCUUGGAUCCAGUUAAAAGCCUCACAGCUGCUUUUUGUCUCGUUUGAAGGUGAUUUACGACCUUUUAGUUAAAACACAUGAAAACAGCAGAACAGUCGUCACUGUGAGAAAAAACAUCAUCUGAAGAAAGGAUGGAGAGGUCGUGGUCUCUGGACACGACACACAAAUAUUUAUUUAUAAUAUAAACCAGAUUUUUAUAAAGACUUUUAUUUUUUCAUUUUUUACCAAAACGACCGUCGUUCAUCGGUCACCUGACCACAGAGACUGAGCUCCUGUUUUUACCGUCUAUAGUAGUGCUGUAGCCAAGACCACAACAACCAAGACCAGAGAGGACCGAGACCAGAGAGGACAGACCAGAGUACAGAGACUGAGACCAGAGAGGACAGAGACCAGAGAGGACCGAGACCAGAGAGGACAGAGACCAGAGAGGACGGAGACCAGAGAGGACAGAGACCAGAGAGGACAGAGACCAGAGUACAGAGACAGAGACCAGAGAGGACCGAGACCAGAGAGGACAGAGACCGAGACCAGAGAGGACCGAGACCAGAGAGGACAGAGACCAGAUAGGACAGAGACCAGAGAGGACGGAGACAAGAGUACAGAGACAGAGACCAGAGAGGACGGAGACCAGAGAGGACAGAGACCAGAGAGGACGGAGACAAGAGUACAGAGACAGAGACCAGAGAGGACCAAGACCAGAGAGGACAGAGACUGAGACCAGAGAGGACCGAGACCAGAGAGGACAGAGACCGAGACCAGAGAGGACGGAGACCAGAGAGGACAGAGACCAGAGAGGACGGAGACCAGAGAGGACAGAGACCAGAGUACAGAGACAGAGACCAGAGAGGACCGAGACCAGAGAGGACAGAGACCGAGACCAGAGAGGACCGAGACCAGAGAGGACCGAGACCAGAGAGGACAGAGACCAGAGAGGACAGAGACCGAGACCAGAGAGGACCGAGACCAGAGAGGACAGAGACCAGAGUACAGAGACAGAGACCAGAGAGGACAGAGACCAGAGAGGACGGAGACCAGAGAGGACGGAGACCAGAGUACAGAGACAGAGACCAGAGAGGACCGAGACCAGAGUACAGAGACGGAGACCAGAGAGGACCGAGACCAGAGAGGACAGAGACCAGAGAGGACCGAGACCAGAGUACAGAGACGGAGACCAGAGAGGACCGAGACCAGAGAGGACCGAGACCAGACCAAAUGAAAAUGCCUUCAAUUCCGAGGCAACAACAAGACCCUCAAAAGUGGUCUCGAGACCAGGACCGGUCUUGACCUCUACAGUAACUGUUAUCUUCCUCUUGAGGUGGCGGUGAAGUCUGAGGUCAGAUCAGCUGUUUCUGUGAGUUUUUCUCCUUUAAAUGACGUUUUAUGAGUAAACUCCUCGUGGUUUUAGGAAACCAGACUUAAUUAUUGCUGAGUCGGCAGACACCGGGGGCCCCGCCUCCUGUCGUCUCCAUCCUCUCUCUGUAUGAAGGGGGUGUGUCAGUCACUAAGACUGUAUGACUUCAUUACUACCAAUGAUGUGAAGGUAUCAGCUCGACCCGUCUGGUUCAAAAACCCGAGUCCGCUCACUCCGAGACCGAGACAAGACCGAGUGAAGACGACACCAAGACCCUCCAAAAAAGUUCUCGAGACCAGGACCGACCUGAACCUGGUCUAA